AUGGUGACUGUUGAUGAAUAUGAAGAAAUGAUGAAGCCAAUUAAAAUGGUUAAUCGACUGAUUUCGAUAUGGCCAUUGGAAGAUAACGAUGAUUCAAUUUUGUCACGAUUGAGAAUUUUUCAUCGAAUUUCGAUGUUUAUUUUGAUUGGAAUACAAACAGUUGCUGUAACUACUGAUAUUAUUCAUCACUGGGGUAGUAUGAAAGAAGUUACUGAAUGUGCUUUGAUUGCAACAGCUUUUUAUCUUUGCUUGUUACGGCUUACGGUUUACACUAUUCACGAUAAAGAUUUACAAACGGCAGUCCAAAUAAUGAAAAACGAUUGGAUUAAAUCUGCUGGAGAAGAUGAGUUAACACUUCAAGAAAAGUGUUUGCCAAUAAUUAAAUUAGCUAAAUUUUUUAUCAUGACUGUGUAUUCGACAAUCGGCUUGUUUAUGGUUGCACCAAUUUUAGAAGUAAAAAUUCUUGGAAUAGAAGAAAAAAAGUUACCUUUUCGCGGUUAUUUUUUUGAAAAUCAAACAAUUGCCCCAGCAUACGGAGGUCUCUAUCUGUUGGGAGUUACAGCAGGGGGUUUUGGAGGAAGUAUGAUUGCCGGAGCAACAACUCUUAAUCUUAUACUUGUGAUGCACGGAGCGGCAAAAUUUAUGGUUGUGCGGAAAAACCUUGAAAGUUUAAAAAGCAAUAGUGAGAAUUCUAUAACUUUCAAUGAUUGUGUGCAAAGACAUCAAGAUGCGAUUUUGUUUGCAGAACGAGUUGAAAACACAAUAAAUAUCCUUGUAUUAGGACAGUUUGUGAUUAGUACUGGCCUUGUUUGUUUCGCUGGUUUCCAAAUCACAGAAAUGGCAGAAGAUAGAGGACAACUUAUGAAGUAUACUUCAUUUCUCAAUUCGGCAAUUUUCGAACUUUUUUUGUUCAGUUACAGUGGAAAUGAAUUAUUAACUGAGAGUGACGCUAUCAGUCAAUCCUGUUAUGCAUCAAACUGGAUAGGAACAAGCUUUGCAAAAAGCAUGCAAAUAGUAAUGACUCGUUCUCUAUCUCCCUGUAAAAUCACAGCUGCUAAAUUUUAUGACAUGUCUUUGGCUAAUUUUUCAUCGAUUCUCAGUUCUUCAUUCUCAUAUUUAACAGUUUUACGAACCAUGGAAGCAGAAUAA